GGUACUUAUUCCACACCCAGAGUAAAUUCCACACCAGAGGUCUCUGAGGGAGAACAGUGGCACAGGAGUUCCUACCCCAGAACUGACUGUGUCUUGCUGAGCUCACAGGGCAGCCCCUGCACGAUGAAGGCUGUCUCCCUCCUCCUCCUCUCCGCCUUGGGGCUGCUGGUGUCCAGUGAGUCACUGUGUCCUGUGGACGAAGCCAUCAAUCAGAAGAUCCAAAGCCAAGCCAGCUCUCUCAUUUUAGGGGAUCUGAAGAACUUGGACCUGGACUGCAGGAGUGUCUCCUCCAGGGGCAAUCUGGCCACCUGUCCCUCAGGCUUCGAGGUCACUGGCUGCGCGUGCGGCAUGGCCUGCGGCUCGUGGGACGUGCGCGCGGGGACCACAUGCCACUGCCAGUGCGCGGGCAUGGACUGGACCGCGGCGCGCUGCUGUCGCCUGCGCGUGGCCGCCUGAGCACAAUGGCGUGGUUUGGGCGGGGCUAACGAAGCGGGGCGAGCCUGGCGGGGGGCUGGAAAUAAAUAAACCAGGAGAUGAGGAAGAAGGCAGGGUA